ACCCAAGGACCAGCUCCCGCUAGCCGAUCAGUCUUCAGCUUCAUCAUGCUCGCCCUCGGUGCCACCGUCCUCAGCCUCGCCGCCGCCGCCUCUGCGACCAAGUCGCUCAAGGUGUCCACCGCGGCACCCAGCGAGCUGACCGACGUCAGCGAUCUGUCGGUGACGACCACCAUCGUGAACACGGGCGACGAGACGCUCAAGCUGCUCACCGACCCGCGCUCGGCGCUCUCAUCGUGGGCGACCAACACCUUCGCCGUCACGCACGCCGACAGCGGCGCCGGUGUCGACUUCACAGGUGUCAAGGUCCGCUACUCCCCCGAGGCGGCCGCGCAGCUCGGCGAGGCCAUCACGACUCUUGCGCCUGGCGAGUCUAUCGAUGUCGCGCACGAGGUCGGCCGCUACUACAACUUCACCGGUGCUGGCGAGGGCGCGUUCCACUUCGAGCCCGUCAACCUCUUCACCGCCAUCGAGGCCGACGGCUCCCUCACCGAGCUCCGCGCCGACACGGAGACCGCCGCCGUGCACCUCGCCGGCCAGCUCUCCACCUCCAAGGCGCUCUCGCCGUCCUCCCUCGGCGGCGCUGCCGACGCCCGCUUCGCGGCACGCGACCUGAAGAAGCGCGCGCAGUACACGUCCUCCUGCACGUCGACCUACCGCUCGCAGACCAACGCGGCGAUCACCGCGUCGUCGGGCCUCGCGUCGAACUCGAUCAGCCAUCUCGAGGCGAAUCCGAGCGGCUCCACGCUCCAGACGACCUGGUACGGCACGUUCGCGAGCAGCCGCUACCGCGCGACGCUCUCUGCGUUCGAGGCGCUCGUUGACUCGCCCUCCUCGUGGACCUACGACUGCUCCUGCACGGAGUCCGGCACCUACGCCUACGUCUACCCGUCCCAGUACGGCGAGGUCUACCUCUGCGGCUACUUCUGGCAGGCUCCUGCGACCGGCUCGGGCUCUCGCGCCGACACCAUCAUCCACGAGGGCACGCACUUCCCCCAGGUCCUCGGCACGGACGAUGUUACCUACGGCGAGUCCUCCUGCAAGUCGCUCGCCCGCUCCAACCCCGCCCAGGCUGUCAACAACGCCGACAACCACGCUUUCUUCUCCGACUACGCCUAAAUCUCUGAAUUGUGUAGGGAAACUGUUGUAUGCUACAGGGUUGAUGUAGGGUGGGAUACUACUUGUACAGGUCUUGCGAAUGAAUGUUUUUACACAACCAGAUUUGCUUGUUGUGCGCGAGUGAGGACUGAGAUAGGAUCAAUAUCUGAGAAGAGGCAUGAACUUCAGUCAAUCG